UUCUUACAGGGGACUGCCAAGCUUCCCUUCUUCCCCCACAUACCGAUAAGAUAGAAGCUCUAGGGCCCCCAAUGCUACAAAAGCUACGAUUAUAGUUAAGGUUAGGCAAGCUAGGCUCUAUAAGUGGAUACCUUGAUAACCAACUCCAUGACGCUCAUCUACCACCAAUCUUCAAGAUGACCGAACCAACAACCGAUCAACCGCCAAUAGCGGACGCGUCCUACAACCACGACCAAGAUCGCGAUCCACCUCCGUUUGCGCCUAUCUUCACCCUCGUACAUGAUGCAUCGACGCGUACAAUUCAUCAUCCACAUGUGCGCUACAUCUUCAGCGACGAUGACCCAGACGUCCUAACACAAGCACUAGCCGAACUGAAUUCCGGAACCGAUGAAAACAACAGCGACUCAGCCUACACCUUCAACCGAGCCAUGAUACUAGACCUAGCACCUAAUAAUAAUGGAGGAUACAGUGUCGCUUGGGCUUCAAGCUUGUCACCGUCAUGGGCUGUGCUUGAUACUCAACUAAGUCAGAUAACACCACCUUCAUCAGACGGGGAAAGCAACAACGGCAACGAAGGCGGCGAUAACGGCGGCCGAGCUGAUCGACUUAUGCUAGAAAUCAACGGCAUAGAGAGCAACGCACUAGGAUCAGAAGGCGAAUUUUCUGGAGAAUCGAGUCGACGAGGUACCAGCAUCGCGAGUGGCGGUGGAAGUGGUCAAAGUGAUCGCGUAAGGGGAGAGAACGAAGACUACGCUAAUAUAGUGGACAAAUUCGAAAAAUGCAUGGUCACCCUACGAAGGAUUGUCGAUGCCGGUGAGGAGAGACGACGACAAAUUGCCGAAGAUGCAUAUACAGCUACGGAGCCCAUUCAAGGCGCAAUAGAAGAGAACCAACCUACGGAUUGAUAACGAUAACCAAGAUCUGUUCUAUG